GUUUGCACAUCUUAGAGGAAAUUCUGGGAAAUUCAGUUGCCUCACAAAGUCUACGUCACUUCCUCCAGUGACAAAUGUGGUUUCUGUGUUUGAUAGACGUUUUAAAGGAGCGUGAUCAUGAGUCCAUGCAAUCUGACUGCGAGACACAGAGAAGAAUGAAUGGUCAUGUAAGGAAAAUGUAUUUUCAACAGUUUCUGGAAAAAGCAGCAACAUUACUCUACUUCCUGCUGCUUCUGGAUGUGAAUUCAACAAAAAGUGUGGUGGCAAGCAGAAACCAAAUGUGUUGGGAGAACCUGCAACAGUCUUUGCGGCUAACCAGACUUGUCAACACUGAAACGAAAACACUCUUCAAAGAAUAUAAAACAUAUCAAGGAGAAGCUUUCCAGGAAGGUUUCUGCAAAGCUCAGGGGAUCAGGAUCCCUGACCCAACCAUCUCUGGGCUGGAGACUUCAGAAAGGAUAGCAAGCAUCUACACACACAUCCAAGCCUUCCUCCCUCAUCUGAAGAGAGUGCAGGAGCAGCAAACAGACUUACAGCCUCCUGAGAGUCCACUUUUAAAAAAGUUCACCAUAGUUGAAGACAACAGUCGGAGACUAGCUUAUUGUAUAGAGAACUUUUAUCACAGCUCCUUCCCAAACCUCUCACUACCAGAGCCGGCGAGUGGACCGACAACACUACCUCCACCUCAGAAUGUCUUCCAGCAGAAGGUCUAUGGCUGUGCCGUCCUGAAGACCUACAAGAAGCUCCUUACAAAUAUUAUAAAUGAACAAAGGACUUUAAAAAGCAGAUUGAGGAGACCAGCAAAUGCAAUAACAUCAUAGUCUUCUCUAGAUGACCCGUGGCUGCGUGGAGCCCAUUUCCAGCAGCACUUGACUUCGUCUGUUGAGGAAAGAUUGGCAGGUGUGUUAAGAUGGAUCCUAUUUAUGGUAUUUAAUAUUUAUUUCCUUUGAUGUUUCUGGAAGGAGAGGUGCCAUCUGAUUCGGUUCAUGUAUGAUGUUUUCUUGCUUUACACAGAAAUGUUAACUUUACUAUUUGACUAGCUGCAAUAACUGAGGGAAUGGAGGAAGUGUUUUUUGUGUGUUUAUAUUCUGUAGAAAUAAUUAAAAAAACUUAUUUCUGCAACUUUAACAAACCUGUUGUGUCCGAUUUCUUACCAACCAUGCACUGUUUUCUGCAGUGAACUCCUCCAUCAAGGAGGCAAAAGAAAAUCAGGAAGCCGAUGAGACGCUGACUGUGUGAUAUCAACUCAGAGUGACACAUCAGUUCAACAUCAGAUAGGAAAGAUUUCAUGAAACUGGCCGCCCGUCUGGUCAGUCACAAGGUGUGUGUGUGUUUGUGUGUGUGUGUGUGUGUAGGGGUCAGACAACUGUAAAAGCUGUCAUUGUGUGGUUUACACGCUCACGUCUUUAUAUAGAUAGACAUGUCAGUGUAUUUUCUUAAGAACCCAAAAUACUGCGGAAGUCUUCAAAAUAGACAAAUAACAGGCCACACAUCAAUAGCUAGCAUGAGAGAGAGGAAGAUUUCCGCUGAAAAUAGGCAAUAUUUUAAGGCCAAACUUUCCUCAGGUCACAAGCUCUUAAGAAACUAGAAGGAUGCAUUGUAGGUCAUGGAUCAAGUUCCUUGUUUAUAAAUCUGUUUUAUUUAAAGCUCAAACACUGAGGGCACCUUAGGGCAGCAUUAUUAUUCAGUCUGGAUGGUUUUUAACUCUUGUCUGGACUUCUGAAUUCUACCCAACAGGUAAGUGAAACAUUCGUUUUUUCCUCCUCAUUCAUUGCAGUGGAGGAAAUAUGUCACCUGUGCAAUGUUCUUAAGGGGUUCUAGAAUUCUAAACAGCAUUUAUGCUGUUUUUGAAUAUAGGUAGUUCGUAGUGUCAAAUGUAGCAUACCAAAAACGCGUGUACCGUGUUGGUCUCUGACUUACCUUCCCAUGUAAAAGCCACAUUGUAAAGGCCACAGAAAAUGGUUCAUUCUGAGAAAAGCUGGUUGAACACCACAUUAAAUCUGCAUGUCCCAACCCACUUCACUGUCUGCACUAUAUAAACAUUGAACGGAGUGAUGCUAAUUGGAGAACAAAGCUAGCCCAAGCUACUGCUAACACUCAGGGGCGGAUUUAGCAAUUUGGGGGCCCAAGGCGAACACGGACAUGGGGCCCCUUACACUAAAUUUUCGACAGUCUUACCUUUAACUGGAUUUGCGAAACUUUCCCCUCUUCUGACAUGAGUUAUUUUCCCUUUUUAUUAGUCCUCCUCUUUUUUCCUGUAUUUCCCUCCCUUUGAGUGCCUUCAAUAUUUGCUCUGCUUUCUUCUUCCUAUCAGCGCUCCUGUGCUUUAGCCUUAGUUAUUUUUUUCUAUUUUCCAUUUAGGUCUAUGUUUUCCUCCCUUUAAACAUUUUCCAUUGUCUUUCCUUUCUGCUUCCUUUUGAUGUUUACAUCGAGAAACGUCACUUUCAGAAGUGAAAAUAAAAGCUUUCAUGAAGCACGCAGCUUCUUUCUCUUAUUGGAGCCACUAGGAUAACUCUAUUUCAAGCUUAAUGUUUUGACUAUCGCUUGGAGUUUGUUACGAACGCUCCCGUCUCUCUUCUUCUUAUUUGUGGUCUUAUGGCACUUGGCAAACAACAAUUUGGUGCAUUACCGCCACCAACUGGAUUGGAGUGGAAUGACUACCAAUCACUUCCAGUUUGUGCAUCGCCGUCUUAAUAACCCUCUUAUGACCAUAAUUAUAACAGGGCCGCCUGGUAUGUUUUUAAUCUUACGGCUGUAAAAUUGUAAUAAAAAGUGCAAAGUGUGAGUAACUCUUCUCCUUUUUUCAGAACAACCUCAGCUUUCAGUGUAUGGUUUGUAUUUCCAAACCAGUAUAACAUUUCACGAAAAGAAACGUGAAGCCACUUCUCCUCCAGCUUCACUGGCUGCCAGUCAACUUCAGGGUUCAUUUCAUAAUCCUGGUUCUGGUCUAUAGGGCCUUACAUGGACAAGCACCAUCUUACAUUGGUGAUCUUCUCAGUCCCUACACCCCCAGCAGGUCCCUGAGGUCCAGGGAUCAAAGUCUACUGGUUGUGCAGCACCAGGCUAAAGACCAAAGGUGACAGAUCAUUUGCUGCUGUGGCCCCCAGACUCUGGAACUCUCUCCCCCUGAGCCUGAGAUCAGUGGACUCAGUGAACUCCUUUAAAAAGCAGCUGAAGACUCACUUGUUCAAGCUGGCUUUUGUAUGACCUUCUUUACCACUCUCUCUUUAUUCUGCUCUCCCCACCUAUUCCACCUUCCUCAGGAUCCACUGAUUUCCCUCUUUCCUAUUCACUCUCUUUCUUAACAUUUUUUCUUUUAAAUCCCAAUUGCCUAUUUUUGCUCAUUGUAAAUAUAUUUUUAAACAUUUUCAAAAUGCUUUUUUAUAUUUAUAUUUUUGUUUUUGUGCAGCGCCUCGUGAUUUUUAUCUUGAGAGGUGCUAUAGAAAUGAUAUUUUCUUCUUCAUCUUCUUCUAUUUAGAAUUUAUUUCUAUUACAGCCUUUUAAAAAAUCAGCUUAAAAGUGAAAAAAAGCAAAAAACGGAUUUGAAUUUUUUACAGUUAUUACUGAACAGGAACUUCAAAAUUACUGGGCAAACAAUUUAAACUUUGAACUGAAAUACAUCUAUUCUUAAAAAAGUUUGAACCUUGGUGCCUUGUAGCAGUUUUUAAGACCAUUUAUUUUUGUAAACUUUCAGACGUUUUUAUUUGAUGUGGUAGACCUUGAAGCAGCUUCUCUCCAACUGCAGGCAAAGCGCAUCUCACAGCCAUGGGGUGCUUCUCGUGCACAGCGUGCACUGCUAUACCAAAAACUUUUGUUUUAGCAAAAAUAAUUAUUUAUGGUAAAAAGAUAAAUAAUGCUGGAAUGAAGCUGAAUCUUGCAAUUAGUAAAUAGUUGAGGGUUGUUCAAAUAAAAAAAUAAAGAUUGUUGAACAAACGUUCAUAUCCUGGUUCACCGGAGAUCUGUACUUCUUCGUGGUCACUGACUUCAGAUAUAAGCCUUCUGGGACACCUAAUAGAUCGUGUUGAUUUUCUUUGAGGCAUUUCCAUAAUUUCAUGCUGGUUUUUAUGCUGAUUAGCUUCCCCGUUCCGUUAUCCGCUUUCACCGUGGCGCUGCGCUCCGUUUCAAUCAGGCUGUACAGAAGGAUUUCCCCGUAGCGAUAUUUUCCCUAACUCUGAUUGCUUCAUGCUAUAGACCGUUGGAAAGCUGCUUUUAUGUACUUUUAGGAACCGUUGGAAUUUCCUGGAUCUGACCAGCCAUUCAAAAGUUAUAAAACAGAGCAUUUUGGAUGACAAACUCAGCACGUCUCUGAAUCUGUGUUGUGAUUCGUUGCGCUCAAGACAGGGAAUCCCGGUGGCUACCGUAAUGUAUUGUAUAUGCACGAAAAGCCCCAUUUUUAAUCCUUUCAGCACUUUUGGAAUUUUAAUGAUAUCUUGAACGGAUCAGGAAUUAUAGUAAUGAGAAGUGCGCAUGCCCAAUCCCGUCUGCGGCCACAGGUUGGUAAUAAGAAUAUUGUGGCAUUAACAGAGGGGUGCCUGCAGUCAGGGCUAGGGGGCCCCCCAACACAAGGGGGCCCCAGGCGGCCACCCACCUAUGCCUAAUGGUAAAACCGCCUCUGCUAACACUAGCCCGAGCUACUGCUAGUGCUAGCCUGAGCUAUAGCUAAUGUUCUUUUUGGAAAAAGGAAAACAAAGAAUUUCAGAUGUCCUGGUAAAAUCCAGACUUUGAAUGAACGCCAUUUAGACCAUUAGCUUGCCUACUGAGUUAAUCAGAUGCUGUACACAGCAUCUCCAGGCAGAGUCUAAGCUCAGAUCAGGAUGUUCACCCAGAAAUGGAAGCCCUCCACAGUUCACCAUUCUUUUUUUAGCUCACCAUUCUUUGUUUCUUGCAGAGCAGCUGAGUACACUUCAUGAUGUUUUUUUUUUACUAUGACUUUGUCGCUGGAAGUGCUGGUGGACCUGGAACCUCGUCUGUGGGUCCAAACUGUGUGACGUGUAAGAAAGGUAAUUUGGCGAACCCUAGUGGUGAUAUGUGGUUAGCGUAUCUGAAAACUAACUUGCAAAAAUGGGGACAUGAUGGUGAAUUUGCAGCACGCAUGAAACUUCUGUCUGGGUCUGCAGUUGUAUACUAUUGUUGAAUUCCCUCAGGGGGAGUGGGUUUUGAUCUAAUCUAAUGGCGCUUACACAUAAGAAGAAGAAGAAGAAGAAGAAGAAGAAGAAGAAGAAGAAGAAGAAGAAGAAGAAGAAGAAGAAGAAGAAAAGAUCUUUUCUAUAGCACAUUCAAGAUAAUAAUCACAAGGCGCAUAACAAAACAAAAAAAGUAAAAUAUAAAAAAGAAUUUAGAAAAUGAUUAAAAAUAUAUUCAAAAUGAGCAAAAAUGUGAAGAAAGAGAGAGAGUGAAUAGGAAAGAGGGAAAUCAGUGGAUCCUGAGGAAGGUGGAAUAGGUAGUGAGAGCAGAAUAAAGAGAGAGUGGUGAAGGUCAUACAAAAGCCAGCUUGAACAAGUGAGUCUUCAGCUGCUUUUUAAAGGAGACCACUGAGUCCACUGAUCUCAGGCUCAGGGGGAGAGAGCUCCAGAGUCUGGGGGCCACAGCAGCAAUUUAGCGUCGACAAGGGCCCAUACGUUACGGAACGGCACCGGAAUUUGGUUUCACACACAGGUCAGGUUUACAUUUUCUGUGGCGACUCUUUCUCAGACCUUCUUCCCAGCGGUCAGACUGGGACCGAGGCGACACUAAGGACUGAUUGGCCGGCUGACAUUACGCCUACCGCCUCUGAUCUGCAAGGAGAAUGAGCAAGUGGGGAGAUUCAUUUUCAUGCUGGAUGCUGUUGAGUAAACAUCUGUCUGUAGCACGGAGCUGCCGUUCCGGAGCUCUGUGUGUGUGUGUGUGUGUGUGCGCGUGUGCGUGUGCGUGUGUGUGUGUGUGUGUGUGUGUGUGUGUGUGUGUGUGUGUGUGUGUGCACCUGUUCUCCGCAUCGGAGAGCUUACCCUGGCAAGCAGACAGCUGCUCAGGGGAGAAAUCAGUGUGUGUGUGAGUGUGUGUGUCACACGAUUAUGAAGACACACACAGCAAAUUAGUAAAAUAAUGUGGUUCAGAGUCUCCAAAAGCAACACAGCUCAUGUCCGCCUUUUGUAUACCUUAUGGAGCGGACUUUCCCGCAUGUAUUAAAUGCCACCCACAGGCUUGGGGAUUUCUGCAUUCCUGAGAAGUAUAUGUGAACACUACACUACCCCUUCGAGAUCAUGGGGGGUUGUUGUUCACGAAGCAUAUGGGAGGAGGUUUGACUUAGAGUUGGUUCUGGUAUUUUGACCAUAACAGCUUAGCAGAGCUGUGCCUGCUUGUGUGUGUGUGUUUAGUAAGCCAGUGUUAUACCACUGCUGAAAAGUUUUAUGGAGAUGAAGAUUUCAUUUUUCAGCACGACCUGGUAAAUGGUUUACUGACCAUGGUAUUAUUACUGUGCUCAAUUGGCCUGCCAACUCUCCUGACCUGAACCCCAUAGAGAAUCUGUAUUGUGAAGAGAACGUUGAGAGACGCUAGACCCAACACUCUGGAUGAGCUUAAGGCUGCUAUCGAAGCAUCCUGGGCCUCCAUAACACCUCAGCAGUGCCACAGGCUGAUUGCCUCCAUGCCACGCCGCAUUGAAGCAGUCUGUCAUGGUCUGAGGUGAGCUCAUCCUCUAAUCAGCAUCAGCAUUCAUUCCAGGUGAGCGGUGUCUGAAUCGGACCAGCUGCAGCAGAUCCAUCAUCAGCCACUACUGGCUUUAAAGGAGGAAGACCACUAAUCAACGCUGCUUGAUUACUCCACACGGGUAUAUCCAGUUGGAAACUGUCCUGCCCCUCAGUCUCUAGUAAAACUCUAGUCUAGUUAUAUUUUUGAUUUUUCUACUUGACGCUGCUCCUUGUUUUUCCCAGAUCCAGCUCGACUACACCCCUUCAGCCAAGCUCCUGGACCUCUCUUCAGCCUGCAUCUUCCUUCCCUCAGUCCCGUUCACCACCGCUCAUCCACCCCCCUCUGGAACCCUUACCUCGACUCCACUGGAAACUUGGGUCCUGCCUCCUCAGAUCUAACAGACCUCUUUACAAACCAUCUACCCAGCAGCACAGUAAGACCUCCACUCCUCCUCCACCUUCAAACCACCAGACCUCCUAAUCCGACUCUACAUGCAGGUCCAUUUCUGCCCCUCACCCCAGCAUCUCCCAGUUUGGGACGUCCUUAUUUGAGCACAGAUGAAUAAAACCAUUGUUUAAUUUUACAUUUGUCUCUUGUGUUGAUUCUGCAUGUCUUGGGUCAAGCACUUAAACCCCAACAUGACAGUCAUUUCUGCAAAAGGAUUCCCGACCAAGUAUUGAGUGCAUUGACUGACUUUUCUUGUAUUAAAAACACUUUUCUUUUAUUGGUCGGACGAAAUAUGCAAAUUUUUUGAGAUGGGAAUUUUGGGUUUUCAUGAGCUGUAUGCCAAAAUCAUCAAUAUUAGAAACAAUAAAAGACUUGAACUACUUCACUUGUGUGUAAUGAAUCUAAUAUAUAUGAAAGUCCAAUGUUUAUCAGUAAAUUACAGAAAAUAAUGAACUUUAUCACAAUAUGCAAUUUUUUUGAGGACCUGUAUAAGGUGUGAAACCUUAGAGUAAGUAAAAAAUAAUUGGAAAUCAAUUUGUUCAGGAAAGAAUUUAGGUUAAAAAUGUAGAUAUCUGAGUAUUUUUCCUUGAAGUCCAGUUUUCUUCAAUUAUGCGUAGAAAAUAUCCUAUCAGCUUAAUCAGCACACAUAAUUCUCAUUUUUCUCAUUUUUGCUAAGAAGUAAAAUUUUCUUUCAUACCUUGUUGGCAUUUGUACUCAAAACAAAAAAAAAUGACCAUAUAUUUAACUUGUUUCAAACAGUGCUUUUUUGCAGUGUAUGAAAGAAUAAUGUUUCUUAUUUGUGGUGCACAUUUCAGCUGUAGUAAUCAGUUAUUUUAACUGUUUCAGUUUGUUUCUGUUUACAAUAGCAAAGCUAAAAAUAUGUAGGAAAAGGCAAGAGAAUGAUGACAUUCCUCAUUGUUGGCAUUACAGAGGAUUUCAAACAC